AUGGCAAAGCCCAUUGACCAGCUCGCUCUUAGUCCUCAGUUCUGCUUCAACCAAACAGCUCUGCGAGACUUCCUACGAAUUUCACGAUCAACUAUAGAUGACUCAAUAGCACAAAACCUGAACGCACUCCGCAAUCCUGCUAGCUUCGAUCCUUCAUCGACCUCUUCCCGCUCCGUUAAACCAUUAGCACACCAGAAACUCGACACGUCGUCAUGUAACACCUUCAAAGAGCGCGUGCUGUUCCCAUCGUGGCAGGUACGCUCAGACGUACUCAACUACUGUACCAGCGUUGCCACAUCCCCUGAUAAAGAUGACCCAGACUCAAUACUACAAGCACUUCAGAGUGCUGAGGCUGGAGAGCACCUCGUAGACCGAUUAGACCCCUAUAACAAUCGAUAUCUUCCAAAAGAAAGCAGGACAGAGUCUCUAGCAGCGCUGAUACGGAACGAAAUUGGCGUAGAGCGUAUAAUACGAUCGCGAACAUGGGGCAUGAUAGAAGAACGAUGUGGCUUGGCCAGUCAGGGACCAGGAGAAGCAUUUGACGAGUGGAGAAGCCAACAAGGUCGAUCUGGAUGA